CCACUGCCCAAGACACAACUGGCGGACCCCUCGAUUUCGAGGUUGCAAAGAUGAAUGCAACACUUCAUGAACAGCUUUGAGCUGCCGCCGUUCCCUCCCGCUAUAAAUUGGCAGUCUUGUCCUCGAUCCUGGGCAUAAAAUUUUCCUCGAGCAAGUUCUACAGCCAGUCCGUUCACUGGUCUUUCCGUGCACUUCAAACUCCACUCCAUUUUCGCACCCGACACCGCUCUUCCCUCGCUUCAGGGAGCCCCUCUCGCACACAUAUUGCAAUAUGUUAUUACGAUAGCCUUCCUUGGUUCCGCUCCUCACACCUAUCCUCUGCAUGGCGGCCUUCAAAGAUGAGCUGCAGUCAGUCUCUGGCUUCGACCAGAGCAAUGGUCACAAGCCUAGCACGUCCACCCACCAACAGUCAGAGCUCCUGCUCACCCCUCCAAGCCAGAGCCUGGAAGCGCUUAAGGACAUAGCCUAUGGAUCAACAGCUGGGAUACUGGGGAAGUUCGUGGAAUAUCCGUUUGACACGGUCAAGGUCCGACUCCAAGCCCAAUCACACGAGGCUGGCGCAGUCCCCAGGUUACAAGGCCCCCUUGAUGCCUUCUCCGCUGCGUUUCGGUCGCCUGAGGGGCCUCUCGUGUCACUGUAUAGAGGGAUCAGUGCCCCUCUGCUUGGUGCUGCAAUCGAAACAUCUUCCUUGUUCUUCAGCUAUCGAAUCGCCCAAGACAUUGUUGUGGGAGCCACCCCGGCUCUGCGCGCUCAACGAGAUCGAAAUCCCCACGACAAGAUCGAACUCCCCUUUUCUUACCUUGUUGGCUGCGGCGCCGCCUCAGGAGCCUUCACCUCCCUCCUCCUCACGCCCAUCGAACUCAUAAAAUGCAAGAUGCAAGUCCCCUUGCCCCCUUCCAACCUCGCCUCCAAGCUUGGUUACACAACGACUCGUCCACUUGGGCCCAUGCAACUCAUAACCACAAUCUUCCGCUCGCAAGGGCUUCUCGGCUUCUGGCAUGGCCAGCUUGGCACGCUCAUCCGUGAAACAGGCGGUUCAGCGGCAUGGUUCGGCUCUUACGAAGGUGUUAAAAUGUUGUUCCUCCGCUCGGACCCUGCUGUGAACCAUGUAUCAGACGUUAAAGUGUGGCAGCAGAUGGUUGCAGGGGCAGCGGCAGGGAUGUCGUACAAUUUCGUCUUUUAUCCGGCCGAUACAAUCAAGUCCCGCAUGCAGACGUCCAGCACCGAUGUCAUCGCGGGACAAACCAGGCUAACGUUUCUUUCGACGGGCCGAGAUUUAUGGCGGGAACAGGGAGUCAAGGGAUUCUAUCGAGGCUGCGGGAUCACGGUGUUCCGCGCGGCUCCAAGUUCAGCGAUCAUUUUCAGCAUCUACGAGGCGUUGCGGAGGUAUCUCGGCUGAUAACCUAGAGGUGAGCGACAAAGACCAUCGGAUCGUUCACUCACUGCAUAACGGCACAUCAACAAGGCUUGAGGAAAUCAUCGAGAGCCGGCAGAAGCUUCCAACAACGUGGGCAUAUAUAGGCCUCCCCACCCUGGAGCUAGGCGAAAAGGCUAUGCAUCCCAAUAUGUAUUGGGUUCGUGGUCGACCUGAUUCAGCUUAGUGAGAGUCAACACGAAGACAUGGAAACAAGCGGCACAACAGUCUUUCUCUGUGCUGACGCCGAAAGAAACGACUUAACAUGAAGAUGAGCAUUUGGAUUCGACACGUGGCGUGCUUUAGAGCUCAGGGGACUUCGACGCACGAUCAAAAUCUGCGGCAUAUUCAAAAAGUUCAAGCAUGCAUAAAACGGGCGGCGCCGGGCAUUCCAAUAGACAUAGAAACGGAUUUUUGUCACCACAGCAUAUUUCAACAUUGCAUGAAGGGCUAUUUCGGGUAUCUUCUCAGCUAGUUCUACUAUCAGAGCCUUGAACAUCCAAAACUGUUGUCCCCUUGGCUCUAGUUCAUGUUCUGUUGUGUCGCCCUGAACCAUACGCCGUUUACCUGCUCGAAACCUACGGUCUUGUCUUCAUCGCAUCUUAGGCAGAUGGCAUUUCCUUCAUCCCUGCAGGGUCCCUCGUCGGCGUCAUUGCGAUUCCAUCUUCAAGUCGUUCACGAGAUCCUCUGGACAGUACAGCCACCCCCAUUGCUCGACCACGGCUUUCUCACCCGCACCGUCCAUGUCGGCUCCACGCUCAACCUGAGCUUGGGAUCUCGGGAGAGACUUGUACACCUCGCCGUCGUUCAACCUCCGCUGUUCUUCGAUCGGCAAUCGCAAGUUAUGCAUCCGCUGCGUCAGCUUGAGGAUCUCGUCGAUCCUCUCUUGUCUACGUCGGUGCCAUUCCCGCAACGAUUCGCAUAACUUCCCGCCGACGCUCGCGCCCCUUAAGCCCGCGCUUCCAGCGUUGGCGGCGCUGUUGAACACGGCGUGGAGGACUCGAGCGAGCGUCCAGCCAUCUUCAAAGGCCUGGUUCGCGCCCUGGCCACUCGUGGGCGGCAUCGCGUGCGCCGCAUCUCCGAUCAAGAUCACCCGGCCACCUCCCUCGCCACCAUCGUCGUUUUGGGACGACGACGACCACCAUCUCUCCAAUCGGGACAAAGUCUGCAGCGGCCAGAUGUACGUGCUUCCGGGCACGAUGUUAUCCACCGCGCUCUGGACGACGGGUAACCGGCCCCCGUAGCCCUCGCGGAGAAAUGCGAGGUGAAAGUCUCGAUCCGCGGAGAGGCGGGCCCAUUCCUCGCGUGUCUGAGGAGGAAAGGCACGUUGCGUGCCAGCGAGAAGCUCACUGGCAUCGGGAAGCUGUGGACCCAGGAGGAAAGCUCCGACACCGUUUCGGCCUUCGAGCAUGGCAACGGUGGUGGCCUCGUCGUGCCCGGCCCCCGCUCCUUGGAGGGACGAUGCCUUGACGGCGCCGCAGACCACGAGGACUCCGUUGUAUUCAGGGUUGGACUGCGGAAACAGCAACGUCCGGAUCUUACUGUGUAUCCCGUCCGCGGCGAUCAAGACGUCCGCGUGAGCCGUGGUUCCAUCCUGGAAUCUGAAGUCCACUCCACCUUCGUCCUCGGAUAGGACUUUGGAGAAUCUCUUGCCGUAGACAACCUCGAUCUGCCUCUCAGCGCACGCCGCCGAAAGCACCUUGAGAAUCGCAUUCCGAUACACCCUCAGCGCAUCAUACCCAAACAGUUCGCGAGACCCCAGGUAGAAGCCGCUGUCUUUCACAUUGCCUUCUGAGUCCCUGAUCUCGACGACCGCGAAAUUGAACCCCUGCUCGCAAAGCUGGGGAUACACGCCGUACCUGUCGAGGAUGCGCAGGCUGUUGGGCGCCAGCAUGACCGCUCCAGCAAAACGGCCAGCCGAAGGCGUCUGUUCGUAGACUGUGCACCGGAUUGAGUGUGCGUGGAGAGCAAGCGCCAUUCCCAAGCCGGCGAGACCGGCGCCGAUGAUGGCGACGUGGAAAUUCGAAGUCAUUUUGGCGUCUACGGGGAACCAAAAGUGCCCCCGGGUUUCGAAGCGUGUCCUCGAUGUUGCAGCUUCCCAGGAAGAGCUUGACUUACCUAACGACCAAUGCUGGAUUUCCGGAGAUCAUCAGCCUUGUGUCAAGUGUUCGUAGCACAACAUGGCCGCCAUGCUGGUGAUCUCAAACUAGAAGCGCUCUGACAGACUCCGGAAGCACGUCCAGCGAAAACCAACCCGGUCAUCGGAGGGCCUUGAAGUAUGUUCCUCUAUGUAGCGGGCACGCGUCAGGCCGGUGCUGACUCUAAUGGAUACAAAAGAUGUGAGACGCCCCAUUGAUUAUGUCAACGCAGUAAGCUUCGAGAAAUUUGGUCGUAGGAGAUCACCCGGCAUACUCAAGCCUGCUAGAUGACUGUUAUUGUGCGUGGAACCUUUCUAGGCGCAUCACGCCAUGGGCGACGCAUAAGAAGGAGAGCGUCGACAAAGAGCCGAUUCGUGGCACGCUAUAGAGGGUUGGGGGUUCGCCCCCAAAUUGGCAGAGAAUGAUUGGGGAGGGGGUGGAAUCAUAUUUCAAAGUAUCAGCAACGUCUCACAGCUCGUCUAGAUCAAAGCGCUCAAAAAUGUCGAUCUUUG